AUGAGCGACCGUCAAGUGCAUAUUGUUCCUGCUGCCGAGCUCGAUCAGUAUCUGCCACGACUUUACGAACUGAUCAAUACCGCAUUCCGCUCACAAGACAAGUCGGCUUACGAUGAUCAGAAUAACCCUUUCCCAGGCUGGCAGCGCCUGGCGAACAGUGACCAAAUCAAGCUCGAGCUGGGCCAGGAUGGCUUAGCCGCCAUCAUAUUGGAUCGCUCAGCACCACAAGACGUCGAUCGUCCAGUGGCGAUAGCUUGCGUGAAGCCAUGGAAGGGUCGGGUCGUUGCGGGGUCUACCUUUGAGCAGGCGGAACGCAGCCACGUCGGGCCUCAUGAUUGGGAAGUAGCCUUGUGUGCUGCGGAUCCGGACCCGCGCCAUCAUCACCGGGGACUCGUGAGCAAGUGCCUGGCGGCGUUAGUACAGCACCUACGGACGAGGGCAGAGGAUGGAUCUAUGGUGCUGUGGAUCUCGGCGCUCCUGGGCGUCGGCAGUGUAGAAUACUGGCAGAGGAGAGGCUUCGUGAUGCAAGGCGAGCCUGAUGUUGCCGCAGUUGGCACUUGGGAUAGUGUUGCGCCGUUCAGUAUCGCGACGCUGAAGCGAGUUGGGUGAUAAUUCCUCAAACCAUCGCGAUCAGGAUUGUCAAAUUGUAUUCAAUGGAAGCCGAUCUAGCAUACUCGAGUCCCAAAGGGAUUGCCCGCAGCUCACUUGCUUCCUGGGUCUGCGUUCCUGCUCCUCAUUAUUCGUGGGAAAUUAUGAGCGGCCACUUCUGAUGAGAGAUCUGGAAGCGGGCUAUCAGGAUGAUC